CGUUUACACUCGAAUAGUGAGGAGAGGGCUCUAAAUGUUCUUUCCUGACGAAGUCGGGAAUCGAACAAGAGCUGAAAUAGGGAGGCCAACACCAUUCAUUCCGAUCGCUGGGGUCUGGGAAGGCCGUUUGUAGUCUCAGCUGCCUAUUGUAUACGGCUGGAUCCAUGUUUCAUCGUUCACGCGUGCUCUCAACACUUCUUCAGAUUAUAUCCCUGUCCAUGCUCCCUGCGUUGCUCGGACUCAUUUCGUUCCCAACUGCAAUACUUGUGCUGCUACGCCGCUGAAGAUGGGAUUGGAUUGAUUGCUCAUGGAGACAUGAAUCUGACGACUCGAGGCCUCAAUCACUUCAUUGACACACCCAUAUGAUGCUUAUUAUUUAAGUACUUUUGCAUGCUUGUUCCGACCCCUGUCAAUCUUUGGAAAUCUCGCUGGGCAGCCUCUGGU